AUGAUCGAAUCAGGGGAACCCUUAAAAUUCUCUGAUUUCACGCUGUCCAAAUAUGGAAACAAAAGAAUAAGAAUAAAUAAGCCGGAUGACAAUGUGAAAUAUCUGAUUUCCCGUUUUACGGACAAUCGGGAGAUUAACAAAUUGGCUGACCCGGUGACGUUUAUAUCGAAGGAUGGAAAUUGUGAGAACUCGGAUGAAAAGGAUAAGAACAACAAUGCUUUUUACUGGUUACUAAAAAAUUCAACAAACAAUAAAGGAAAGACAAGUCAUAAAUCGUAUAUAUCAAAAAAGUGCAACAUGGAUACAGAUGUGUUUUUUGUAUUAAUUGAAAAUGAUGAAUACUCGGACAUUUACCCAGUUUCUAGUUGGCAUGUUUUUGAACCAGAUCUGUCAGCCAAAACGUUGAGUAAAUUUAAUUUAGAGAAUAAUAUACAAGAAAAACAGAAAGCAGAACAAAAUAACAAAAGAUUAGAUGAAAUAAUUGAGCGUCUAAAAAAUAAAGAAGAACUUAUGAAAAUAAGUUCAAAAGGAAAAGAAGAAAAUAAUAAAAAAAAAAAUAAAAAUAAAAUCUUAAAUUCAGAUUCAUCCUACUCAUCAUAUGAAGAUGAUGAUUUAGGAUUAAAAAGACAAGAAAAAAAAAGAUUAAAAAAUUUAUACAAAUUAAGAAUGAGAGAAAAUAACGACGAAAUUGAUUAUGUUAAUUCAGCAUUGUCCAUUACAUCUCUUAGAAAAAAUAAAGUUAAUUGGGAUUAUAAUCAUGAUGGAAAAAAAAGUGAUGACGAAGACAUAAAUUUAGAUGAUUCUGGACAGGAAGAAUUUAAUGGCGAUGAUAAUAAUGAAGAUAAUGAAGAUUCGGAUAAUAAUUCUGAUAAUGAUAUUUCACGAUUGACUUCAUACGGUCAAGCUAUGAAAUCCUUAUUAAAACAACAAAUUCACGAUGAAGAGGAUGAUGAACUUUUGCAAUAUUCUGAUGAUGAUGAAGAUGACGAGGAGGAGGGUGAUGAAGAGGAUGAGGAUGAAGUAGAUGUACAUGAUAGCAGAAGUGCGUCCGGAAAAACUUUACCUUCUAAAAAAAUGAUACUAAAAAGUGAAUCACAAAAAAGGGUAAUAGACAACAGAGGGUCGAAAACGAAAAAAAAUAUUGUUAUGAACAAAUUACAAAAAAAUAAACGCUGCGCUCAAGAUGAGGAUAACGAUGAUGAAGAUGAUGAGGAUGAGGAUGAUGAUGACGAUGAUGAUGAUGAUAACGAUGAUGAUGAUGAUGAUGAUAAUGAUGAUGAUGAUGAUAACGAUGAUGAUGACGAUGAAGAACAAAAUAUAAAACAAAACAAAAAUAACCCCUCACAAAAAAAUACUAAAAGCUACAAUAUCAAUGAAUUUAUUAAAGAAAAAAUUCGAAAUAAAGAACUACAAAUAAAAGAAGAAAAUUGUUCAAAAAUUCUAUUAAAGCUUAUUGAAAAAAAUAAUGGGAAAAUGAAUAUCUUAACCUUGUUAGAUGUUUUAAAUAUUAAAGAAAAAAAUCAAAGCUUUUUAAUCGUUCAGAAAUGCAUAAAAAAUUUAUGCACCAUAAGUUCGCAAACAAUUAACAACAAAAAGAUAAAAAUGGUAUCCAUUAAGCCAAAAUUUGUCUCCAAAAAGUAG